AUGACACCCUUUCCCGUCCUAAUUUGGGUCUCUUGCAGGCUUCCUCUUGGAGCUCCGUCCUAUUUCUCUCAAUUCUUCGAGGAGCAGAUGCUCCAGACACCCGACGGCUCGAAAAUCAGGACACUGUACAUUGAUCGCGAUCCGAACACGUUUAAAGCGAUCGCAAGACAUCUACAGGGCUAUCAUAUUCGGCCCAAAGACGGCACGGAGUUUGUACAAUUCUUCGCUGAUGCGCAGUUCUAUAGUUUGCCCCGGCUCAUCUCUCAGCUCUUCGAAUCCGAGAUCUUCAUUCAAAUCGGUGAUAAGGAUUUCCAAAUCCCGCGCGACAUCUUCUCCAGUCCGGGCGACUCCCCGAACUUCUUCUCCCUAGGCUUCGGUGCCUUCUUUGCCUCCCCCACUGAGAUCUUCCCCGGACUAAAUCGUCACGGCCUUUUACGUCCCCCAGCCAUUGUCCCUCCAAGCGUGCCCAAUCGAUCGGGAGAAGUUUUCGCGCAGCUCCUUCAUCUCUUGCGCGGAUACCCGUUGGAAAUAAAGAAUGAAACGCACCGCGCCGAGCUGCUACGUGAUUGUCGCUACUUUCACCUGCGCGGGUUAGAGCAAAAGUUGAUUCCACACCAUAUCAGUUUCAAUCCGAUCCGACAACGAUCGGAAAUCGUCGUCCGCUUGGAGGAUGUGCGCCGCUCAGGAGUUAGCGUUGCCCACGACUCAAUCCCGUCUAGCGGCUGGGUCACGUACUCGCGCCCGUUCGUCGAUGAGGAGACAUACGACCUGAUUCUUGAGAUCGGGGAUGAAACCACCAUCGUCGACCUUGACACCAAGCAUGUUGAAUUCCUGAACUCGACUAAGGCGCGCUUCUCCAGCUUGCAGCAGAUUAUAACAGGAAAGGUAAACCCAGGCUUGUCAGAAGGUCAAUCCACCAAGGUGUCAAUUGAACAAGACACGGACAUGAUCGUCGACGGACAAGCCCGCUACCUCGAAGGCAUCGGACAUGGAUCGGAAGAGGCAGGUGUGUCGCAACCUGCGGCCAAGCGCAGACGAGUGGAAGGGUCAUCAAAUGAGGGCAGACGGUAUAUCGUUCGGAAUGGCCAUUGGCGUCUGCGUUUCCAUCCUAAUGCCACCGGCGACAUACUAGAGUUCACCCUGGUAGCGGUGAAACUAGAUGCAUAUACAGAGCAACGGAGUCGGAAUCAUACACGGGCGUUUCUGGGAUCUUAG